AUGCCCUCAACCACGCCCGCAUCCCUCAAGAUCAACAUCAUCUCAGACACUGUCUGCCCCUUCUGCUACCUCGGCUAUGCGCGUCUCCUACAAGCGCUCAAGACACUCGACUCGCCGGCGGCCAGCAUCUCAUGGCAAGCAUACCACCUGAACCCACAUGCCUCCACCCAGUCGGAGCCUGCUAUGGAUAUCCUCGUCCGCAAAUUUGGCGAUGAGAACAGAGUCAGAAUGGUGCAGGACCGCAUCAAGACCAUGGGACAGGAGCUGGGUCUGAAUUUCUCCUUCGAGGGUCGAAUGGGCCACACAAGGGACUCGCAUCGCGUCAUCCAGCUCGCGAAACAGAAGAACGUCGAGAAUGAGGUGAUGAGCGAGAUUAUGAAGAUGUAUUUUGAGGAGGGUGGCGACAUCACCUCGGCAGAGGAUCUCACCCGCGCCGCUGUCCAGGGCGGACUCGACAAGGAGGAGACCCGGACGUGGUUGUCGGAAGGCAAAGGCGCGGCCGAGGUCGAUCGGGAGGUGGAGGAUGCCUAUGAGCGUGGCGUACGCGGUGUGCCGCACUUUGUGAUCAACGACAAGUGGGAGAUCAACGGCGCGCAGGACCUGUCUGUCUUUGUCGAUACCCUGAAGAAGGCGCAGUCGUCGUAG